CUGCUACUGGCUUUGCUUUCCUUCGCGUUUCCUGUUUUGUUAAUUGAAUAGUUUAACAGUUACAUUUUUAAUCGGCCCAUUUUAUUUACGUUUGUUAGAUAACAGUAUUCUACAUGUAGAAGAGUUUUUCUCGAUGGAUGUGAGCGUGUUUCUGUAGCUGUCAAAACCGCGUUUGAGCAACUUACAUAGAAACUCUUGUAUACAGGAAUAGGUUGACGCUUGUGUACAGUAAUGAAAUCACUUUCUCACAGAGGUGUUGCUACUAUGGGGUCCAAAAGGAGAAGGGCGACUUCCCCUUCCAGUAGUAUAAGUGGGGGGGACUUUGAUGAUGCGCAGACUUCAACCCCAGGUCCUGGAAGCAGCAGAAAAAGGAGAAGAGCUUCCAAUAUUCCUACUGUAGAUCCAGUAAGUGGAUUUCCAAGUAUUGUUGCGCCUUUACAAAGAGACAAUGAGCACAGCAGGCGGAAAAAGAUUGCAGUGUGCCAUGAACUUUAUAACACGAUUAGAGAUUACAAGGAUGACCAUGGGAGACUGCUGUGUGAGCUCUUUCUGAGAGCACCGAAACGAAGAAACCAGCCAGAUUAUUAUGAAGUAGUCACACAGCCCAUAGAUCUGAUGAAGAUACAGCAGAAGUUGAAAAUGGAGGAAUAUGAUGAUGUUGAGCAGCUAACUUCUGAUUUUCAGUUGAUGUUCAACAAUGCAAAGAGUUACUACAAGGCCGAUAGCCCAGAGUAUAAAGCUGCCUGUAGACUGUGGGAUCUGUACCUGCGCACAAAGAAUGAGUUUGUUCAAAGAGGAGAUUAUGAGGAGGAAGAUGAGGAUGGAGAGGACACCCAGGAAAAUCCAGGAACAUCUACAGAAGAGGAGACUGCAUCAAACAGUCUGAAGGAGGUUCUAGAGCAACUACUUGAAGCUGUGGUGACACACACAGAGCCGUCAGGACGUCUCAUCAGUGAACUCUUUCAGAAACUGCCCUCCAAAGUGCACUACCCAGACUAUUAUGCCAUAAUUAAGGAGCCAAUAGAUCUCAAGACCAUUGCUCAGAGGAUACAGAUGGGACACUAUAAGAGUGUGACUGCAAUGGCAAAGGACAUAGAUCUUCUAACAAAAAAUGCCAAAACAUACAAUGAACCAGGAUCACAGGUUUUUAAGGAUGCAAACAAUAUAAAGAAGCUCUUCAUUCAGAAAAAGGCUGAACUUGAGCAUGCAGAACCUACUAAAUCAAGUAUCCGAAUCAGAAACAGGAGAUCUGCGCAAGGAGACCGAUUGUCAGCUAUUACCAUGGCCUUGCAGUAUGGCUCAGAGAGCGACGAGGAUGCCCUUCUAGCUGGAGCAGUGCGGUACGAUGAAGUGGAAUCUGAGGCAGAGAGCAUAAACUCCUGCAUGAACAUAAACAACCCCAUUUUCCAGCUGUAUGAAGCAGUGCGGGGAGGUCGCAACAGCCAGGGACAGCUCAUCGCUGAGCCUUUUCUUCAGUUGCCUUCCAAAAAGGAAUAUCCAGAUUACUUUCACCAAAUAAAGCAACCCAUUUCCCUCCAUCAAAUAAGAAACAAGAUGAGGAAUAAUGAAUAUGAAAGUGUGGACCAGAUCGAUGCAGACCUAAACUUGAUGUUUGAGAAUGCUAAACGGUAUAAUUUGCCCAACUCUGCUAUCUACAAACGUGUUAUGAAACUGCAGCAGAUCUUGCAGUUAAAAAGAAAGGAGCUGUCUAGGAGAGAGGAGGCUGAGGAUGGAGACAGCAUGCUGUCUUCUGCCACAUCGGACACUGGCAGCGCGAAGAGAAAGAGCAUGAAGAAGAAUGCUAAGAAACACCGGUUGAAGAUCCUGUAUAGUGCUGUGACAGAGGCUCGAGAGGCUUCCACUGGCAGGAGACUGUGUGAUCUCUUCAUGGUCAAGCCCUCCAAGAAGGACUACCCAGAUUACUACAAAAUCAUUCUGGAGCCCGUGGACCUGAAAACAAUCGAGCAUAACAUCCGCUCAGAUAAGUACCUCACCGAGGACGCAUUCAUGGAAGACAUGAAGCUGAUGUUCCGCAAUGCUCGCCAUUACAACGAGGAGGGCUCACAGGUCUAUAAUGAUGCCAACUUUCUGGAAAAAAUACUGAAGGAGAAAAGGAAAGAGCUGGGACCGUUACCAGAGGAUGAAGACAUGGCUUCUCCAAAACUGAAAAUAAGCAGGAAGAGUGGCAUUUCUCCUAAAAAGUCAAAAUACUUGACACCUCUCCAGCAGAAGCUGAACGAGCUGUAUGAAGCUGUGAAAAACUACACAGACAAGCGAGGGCGCCGGCUGAGUGCCAUCUUCCUGAGGCUGCCCUCACGUCAGGAGCUGCCGGAUUACUAUGUGACAAUCAAAAAGCCUAUUGACAUGGAAAAGAUCAAGAGCCACAUGAUGGCCAACAAGUACCAGGAUGUGGACUCCUUGGUGGAAGACUUUGUUCUCAUGUUCAACAAUGCCUGUACCUACAAUGAGCCAGAGUCUCUGAUUUACAAAGAUGCUCUUGUGCUUCACAAGGUCCUUUUGGAGACCAGGAGGGACUUGGAAGGAGGGGAGGAAAGUCAUGUUCCCAAUGUUACAAUGUUGAUACAGGAACUGAUCCAUAACCUGUUCGUGUCUGUGCUGAGCCACCAGGACGAUGAAGGACGCUGUUACAGUGACUCCCUGGCAGAGAUUCCGUCACGAGACCCUGGAAACCCCAACAAGCCUCUCUUAAAUUUUGAGAUCAUCCGCAACAGCAUUGAGAACAAUCGUUACAGGAGGUUGGAUGUUUUUCAAGAACACAUGUUUGAGGUUUUGGAGAAAGCAAGAAGAUUGCACAGGACAGACUCUGAGAUCUUUGAAGAUGCUGUAGAGCUUCAGCAGUUCUUCAUUAAGAUCAGAGAUGAACUCUGCAAGAAUGGAGAGAUCUUACUGUCACCAGCCCUAAGCUACACGACCAAGCACUUGCACAAUGAUGUAGAGAAAGAGAAGAAGGAAAAGCUGCCCAAGGAGAUGGAGGAAGACAAACUGAAGAGAGAAGAAGAAAAGAAAGAAGCUGAGAAAAGUGAUGAGCACUCCGGUGGGGGCUGGCAGUCUGGAUUACAACGCACUUACAGUCAGGACUGCAGCUUUAAGAACAGCAUGUACCAUGUUGGAGAUUACGUGUACGUGGAGCCAGCUGAGCCAAACCUGCAGCCUCAUAUUGUCUGUAUUGAGCGGCUCUGGCAGGAUGAUGCUGGGGAGAAGUGGCUGUAUGGUUGUUGGUUCUACAGGCCGAAUGAAACUUUCCAUCUGGCUACACGGAAGUUCCUGGAAAAGGAGGUUUUCAAGAGUGAUUACUACAACAAAGUGCCUGUUAGCAAAAUACUUGGGAAAUGUGUAGUGAUGUUUGUGAAGGAGUACUUUAAGCUACACCCAGAGGGCUUCAGGCCAGAGGAUGUGUUUGUCUGCGAGUCCCGUUACUCAGCCAAGACAAAAUCCUUUAAGAAAAUCAAAAUGUGGACCAUGCCAGUCAGUUCUGUGAGGUUUGUCCCUCGGGAUGUGCCCUUGCCUGUUGUGCGAGUGGCUUCAAUGUUUGCUAAUGCUACAAAACAUGAACAGGAAAAAACUCCUGAAAUGGCCGAGGAAGGUAGAGGAGUGGAUGCUAAAGGGAUCAUCGAUAAGGAGAGAGAAGAUGUACCAGUAGAAAUGCCCAGUGGGGAGCCGGGUUGCCAGUAUUACGAACAGCUGCAUUAUAAUGACAUGUGGUUGAAAGUGGGUGACUGUGUGUUCAUCAAGUCGCAUGGCUUAGUGCGCCACAGAGUAGGAAGGAUUGAGAAGAUGUGGGUUCGUGAUGGUGCUGCAUACUUUUUAGGACCUAUCUUUAUCCACCCAGAAGAGACGGAGCAUGAGCCAACAAAAAUGUUUUACAAGAAGGAGGUGUUCUUGAGUAACCUGGAGGAAACCUGCCCUAUGGCCUGCGUAAUAGGGAAGUGUGUGGUGUCUUCGUUUAAGGAUUAUCUCUCCUGUCGGCCCACGGAAGUGUCAGAGGAUGAUGUCCUACUCUGUGAGAGUCGCUACAAUGAUACGGAUAAGCAGAUGAAGAAGUUUAAGGGGCUGAAGCGGUUCUCCCUCUCUGCCAAAGUGGUUGAUGAUGAAAUCUAUUAUUUUAGGAAGCCGAUUGUGCCUCAGAAAGAGCCGUCUCCUCUGCUAGAGAAGAAGAUCCAGGAACUGGAGGCCAAGUUUGCAGAACUGGAAGGAGUUGAAGAUGAGAUGGAGGAGAUAGGGGAAGAGGAUGGAGAGGUGACAGAGACCCCUUCCAUGCCACAGUUACAAACCCCAUUAGCCAGUGAAUUGGAUAUCAUGCCCUAUACCCCUCCUCAGUCAACUCCGAAGUCUAUAAAAGGCAGUGUAAAGAAGGAGGGAUCUAAAAGGAAAAUCAACAUGAGUGGGUACAUCCUGUUCAGCAGCGAGAUGAGAGCAGUGAUAAAGGCCCAGCACCCAGACUUUUCUUUUGGAGAGCUGAGUCGCUUGGUAGGCACUGAAUGGAGAAACUUGGAGGCAACCAAGAAAGCUGAGUACGAAGAGCGGGCAGCCAAAGUUGCAGAACAGCAGGAAAGAGAGCGUGCAGCCCAACAGCAGCAGGGAGCUUCACCUAGAGCUGGUACCCCUGUUGGGGCACUCAUGGGUGUGGUGCCCCCACCAACACCAAUGGGAAUGCUUAAUCAGAACAUAACUCCUGGGUCAGGCAUGAUGGGUGGCUUUGGGCCACCUAUGCUGCCCUUACAGGGCUCAGUUGACGGCAUGGUCAGUAUGGGCAGCAUGCAGCCACAUCACAUGGGGGUACCUCCUUUAACCCACCAUCUUCCUCCAGGUAUGCCAGUAAUCCCAGGCAUCCCAUUCUCUGGUGUUAUAGGCCAGGGUGUGAACUCUAUGGGAGGAAGUCCCGGCGGUGGAAAUCCUUACAGCCAGCAGAUGGGAAUUCACGGGCAGGGCCAGCAGGCACCCCCUCCAUACCCAGGGCAGGGUCAGCCAGGACAACCGGCUCUGCAGCAGCCUUCAACUCCCAUGUUUGUGGCUCCGCCUCCAAAGACACAGCGCCUGCUGCACUCUGAGGCCUAUCUGAAGUACAUUGAGGGGCUCAGUGCCGAGUCUGGCACAGUGAGCAGAUGGGACCACACUCUUACAGCUCGGAGGAAAGACGUACACUUGACGAAAGAGCAGGAAAGCCGUCUCCCCUCACACUGGCUGAAGAGUAAGGGGGCUCACACUACAAUGGCAGACGCCCUUUGGCGUCUCCGGGACCUGAUGCUACGAGACACUUUAAACAUCCGCCAAAAUUAUAACCUGCAAAAUGUUUAGGCAAUUCUGUCUAAAUGUCUCCAUCUACCAGCUCUAUAUGAGAUAUAUGGGUCACGAAAAGCAGUAACAUUAUAUUGUACAUUAUUAAAGCCGUUUGGUUUGAUUUUUUUUAAGAUGACAAAAUAAGCUUGGUUUUCAUGUUUUUGCCCUCCCCCCCAAACAGCAUUCUUUUAUUUUUUGUUUUGUAUUGAUGUUUAAUUUCUUAUCUGGUUAGUGCUUGGUCAAAAUGCUUAGUAUGUUGUACUAAACAUGGAAUAAACAUUUCAUAAAAGGCUUUAAAGAGAAAA